AUUGUAAACUAUCAACAAAAUGAUGUGAUGUUGUUUUUGAUGCUGCUGCCAGUAAUGUGGCUUGUGCGAUUCGAUUUGCUUUAUUUAGGUGCUAUUUAAGUUCAGAGGAGUAUGUCUGCAGAGGUGGCCAUACAGCCCCUGGAGGAUGUUAGCCCCCAGAUUAUGUGCUCCAGUCCCCAACCCAGUCCACAACCCCGGGCCAAAGUGCUCAGGGAGGACCUCAUAAAGAUCCUGGACCCUUCACGGAAGAAGCUGUCAUCCUUGGAGACACAGCGCAUCGCAGGGGUGCUGGACGACUGCAUCGCCAGGGUGGAGACAGUAGCCUUGCUGCCGGCUGUGCUGACCCGCCUGGGAGGGCUGUCUGUGGGGCUGGGGUUGGAGUUGGAGGGGGCCUUACGGGAGCACCAGCGCAUUGGAGAGAGGUUAGGGGGCCUGGGACAGAAGCUGGUCGCUGGGGAGGCAGGGGAGAGAGCGAGAGCAGAGUUAGAGAGGGCCCUCCCCAGCUCAUUGAGGAACGUGCUCAGACUGCUGAGAGCCCAUCCAGCCGCCACCCGUGCCCUGAGGAGUGAGGCAGAAGUAGGGGGACAGGGGGUGUGUGAAGGGGUGCGAGGGCUGGCCGGGGAGCUGCAGGAGUUGCGGGGGGUGCUGUUAGAGAAACUGCUCACCAGCCCGGCCGAGGAACGUGAAAGAACAAGCUACAUGCAGGAGGUGUCGCUGCGCCAUGGCAACAACAUGGAGCUGGUUGCUACACUGGAGAUGGAAGUCGCUGCCGCCAUCAAAGACAGAGAUGCUGAGACCUCUAAGAAAAAUGAGGUGAUCAGGAAGUUGAAGAGCUCUCUGCACCAGAUGGAGAAGAUCUCUGAGGACUUUGUGUUGCGGACACAGCAGGAUGCCGACAAGCAGAACCAAUCAGACGCCAAGACCUCAGAGGGGAGGCGAGCCCGCAUGCAGCAGGAAGCCAAUCAGCUGAGAGUUCAGCUUAACAACCUGAUUUCUGAGAACCGCGAGGUAGAGACUGCGCUCCGCAAGAAAAAGUAUAAAGUGGAGACAGAAAUAGAGAACUGGAUCCAGAAGUAUGAUGCUGAUAUGGGAGAGAAACAGUGGGAGCUGAAGGACAUGACAAGGGUCUAUGAGGAGGAGAAGGAGGAGCUGAGAGAGCUAGAGGAGGCGUAUGCUGUCCUGGAGCAGGAGUUCAGUCAGAUCCAGGAGGAGCGGCGUUUGGCCGAGGAGAGGAGGGAGGAGGAGCAGAAAGAGCUGGAAAAGAAGAGCCGUGCUGCCACCAUUAUCCAGGCUUACUGGAGGGGCCACCGUGUCCGCAAGGCUAUGAGGGGGAAGGGCAAGAAGGGCAGCAAGGGCAAGAAGCGCAAAGGCAAGAAGGGCAAAUAACAGCAGAGGUCCUGUGGAAAACUUGGCCAGACCAGGACAGUCCAUUAUUCCAGCAUGGUUUUUAUAUUUGUGGGAAAGAUGUGGCAGCUCUCCAAAAACACAUCCAUUUUCCUUUUCUCCUUUUGUACGUUUGCCUUUUAGGUGUCCGAGUUUAUUCCAAUAAAUACUGUGCAACGCA